AUUAGUUCUUGAUGGUCGCGCGGUCACACUGAUUGACAGGAAACAUUUUAGCGCGUUAAAAAGUCAGCGAAAAAGCAAUUGUUAUCCUCGUGGCGGUUGACUAGUCCACAGUUAAAGAGCUCUAUCGAAUCAAGGAUAACCUGAUCCUGGACAGCGUGCAGCCAUGUCGCAUCACUACGUGGUGACGGCGCAGAAGCCGACGGCGGUUGUUGCCUGUUUGACAGGCAACUUCACCUCGCCCACGGAUCUCAAUCUGAUCAUUGCCCGGAACAACCAGGUGGAAAUAGAUCUGGUCACGCCGGAGGGACUGCGUCCCCUAAAAGAGAUCAACAUCAAUGGCACCAUUGCUGUGAUGCGCCACUUCCGACCGCCCGACAGCAACAAGGAUCUGAUCUUCAUACUGACGCGUCGCAACAACGUUAUGAUUCUCGAGGCCCGCAUGGUCAAUGACGCCAUCACAGUGGUGACCAAAGCCAACGGCAAUGUUUCCGACCCAACGGGCAUACCCUCGGAAGGAGGAGUUAUGGCUGCCAUCGAUCCCAAGGCGAGGGUCAUCGGAAUGUGCCUUUACCAGGGGCUGUUCACCAUCAUUCCUUUGGAUAAGGAUGCUAGCGAGCUAAAGGCCACAAAUUUGAGAAUGGAUGAGCUGACCGUGUACGAUGUGGAGUUUUUGCACGGCUGCUUGAAUCCCACAGUCAUCGUGAUCCACAAGGACAAUGAUGGCAGACAUGUAAAGUCGCACGAGAUUAAUCUGCGGGAGAAGGAGUUCAUGAAAAUCGCGUGGAAGCAGGACAACGUGGAAACAGAGGCCACCAUGCUGAUCCCGGUGCCUUCCCCCAUCGGUGGUGUGAUCGUGAUCGGUCGUGAAUCGAUUGUGUAUCACGACGGGAGCAACUAUCACGCUGUGGCGCCACUUACUUUCCGCCAAAGCACCAUCAACUGUUACGCCCGUGUGAGUAGCAAUGGAUUGCGCUAUCUGCUGGGCAACAUGGAUGGUCAGCUGUAUAUGCUCUUCCUUGGCACCUCUGAAACGAGCAAGGGAGUGACUGUCAAGGACAUCAAAGUGGAGCAACUAGGCGAGAUCUCUAUACCAGAGUGUAUUACAUACCUAGACAAUGGUUUCCUCUAUAUUGGAGCUCGUCAUGGAGACUCGCAGUUGGUGCGCUUGAAUUCGGAGGCCAUCGAUGGGAGCUAUGUCGUGCCAGUAGAGAAUUUCACCAAUCUAGCUCCGAUUCUGGACAUUGCUGUGGUGGAUCUGGAUCGCCAGGGACAGGGCCAGAUCAUUACAUGCUCAGGAAGCUUUAAGGAUGGAUCUCUACGCAUAAUUCGCAUAGGCAUUGGCAUUCAGGAGCAUGCCUGCAUCGAUCUCCCCGGCAUUAAGGGAAUGUGGUCUCUAAAGGUGGGAGUCGAUGAGAGUCCGUAUGAGAACACUUUGGUACUGGCCUUUGUGGGACACACAAGGAUUCUCACCCUCUCUGGCGAGGAGGUGGAAGAGACCGAGAUUCCCGGAUUUGCCAGCGAUCUGCAGACGUUCCUUUGUUCAAAUGUGGAUUAUGACCAGGUGAUUCAAGUUACUUCGGAUAGCGUUCGCUUGGUUAGUAGUGCCACCAAAGCUCUGGUGGCCGAAUGGCGCCCUACUGGCGAUCGUUCCAUCGGUGUUGUGUCCUGCAACACUACCCAGAUUGUGGUUGCCUCUGCAUGCGACAUAUUCUACAUAGUUAUUGAAGAUGGAAGCCUUCGCGAGCAGUCUUGCAGGACUUUGGAGUAUGAGGUAGCCUGCUUGGACAUCACUCCUUUGGAUGAGACUCAAACGAAGUCGGACUUGGUGGCCGUGGGCUUAUGGACAGAUAUAUCUGCUGUGAUCAUGUCGCUGCCAGAUCUUAAGACCAUUUACACCGAAAAACUAAGCGGAGAAAUCAUUCCCCGCUCCAUUUUAAUGACCACCUUCGAGGGAAUCCAUUAUCUGCUUUGCGCUUUGGGUGACGGUUCCAUGUAUUACUUUAUCAUGGACCAAACCACUGGGCAACUGACGGAUAAGAAGAAAGUUACUCUCGGUACACAACCAACCACGCUGCGUACCUUCCGAUCCCUGUCUACAACUAAUGUGUUUGCCUGCUCCGAUCGUCCUACGGUGAUUUACUCGUCAAACCACAAGUUGGUGUUCUCUAAUGUAAAUCUGAAGGAGGUCAACCACAUGUGCUCCUUAAAUGCUCAGGCGUAUCCAGAUAGUUUGGCACUGGCCAAUAAGAACGCAGUUAUUUUGGGAACUAUUGAUGAGAUUCAGAAGCUGCAUAUUCGAACAGUGCCUCUGGGGGAGGGACCACGAAGAAUUGCUUACCAAGAGGCUUCGCAGACUUUUGCUGUAUCCACUCUACGUAUUGAUGUCCAUGGUAGAGGCGGAGCUAAGCCACUUCGCAACAGUGCCUCUACACAGGCCCAAAACAUAACGUGUAGCUCGAAUUUCCUACCCAAACCUGGUGGUGGUAAUUCCACGGCUGCAAAUGCGGAAGUCGGUCAAGAGAUUGAUGUACACAAUCUAUUGGUCAUCGAUCAAAACACGUUCGAGGUACUGCACGCCCACCAUUUCGUGUCCCCCGAAACUAUAUCCUCGCUUAUGUCCGCCAAGCUGGGCGAUGAUCCCAACACGUACUAUGUAGUGGCCACAUCACUGGUAAUUCCAGAAGAACCGGAGCCGAAAGUGGGAAGGAUUAUCAUCUUCCACUACCACGAAAACAAGCUCACUCAAGUGGCCGAGACCAAGGUGGAUGGAACUUGCUAUGCUCUGGUUGAGUUCAAUGGUAAAGUCCUGGCAGGAAUCGGUAGCUUUGUUCGUCUAUACGAGUGGACCAAUGAGAAGGAGUUGCGCAUGGAGUGCAACAUUCAAAAUAUGAUUGCUGCAUUGUAUCUUAAGGCCAAGGGCGACUUUAUAUUGGUCGGAGAUCUGAUGCGCUCCAUCACGCUGCUGCAGCACAAGCAGAUGGAGGGAAUCUUUGUCGAGAUCGCCCGCGACUGCGAACCCAAGUGGAUGCGAGCUGUGGAGAUACUCGACGAUGAUACGUUCCUAGGCUCCGAGACUAAUGGAAAUCUGUUCGUAUGCCAGAAGGACAGUGCUGCUACCACCGAUGAGGAACGUCAGUUGUUACCAGAACUGGCGCGUUUCCAUUUGGGCGAUACUGUCAACGUUUUCCGUCACGGAUCUCUGGUGAUGCAGAACGUCGGUGAGCGAACUACGCCGAUAAAUGGAUGUGUCCUAUACGGAACAUGCAACGGAGCCAUUGGCAUUGUAACCCAGAUACCGCAGGACUUCUACGACUUCCUGCACGGCCUGCAGGAGCGGCUAAAUAAAAUUAUCAAGUCGGUGGGCAAGAUUGAGCAUACGUACUAUCGCAAUUUCCAAAUCAACAACAAAGUGGAACCCAGCGAGGGAUUCAUCGAUGGAGAUCUAAUUGAGAGCUUUUUGGACUUGAGUCGCGAAAAGAUGCGCGAUUCCGUUCAGGGAUUGGAGUUGACACUGAAUGGCAAACGAAAGGGUGCGGAUGUGGAAGAUGUCAUAAAGAUUGUCGAGGAUCUAACACGCAUGCAUUGAGGCCUUUCGGUAGUUUGUAUAUAAGUAUUGGAGAAGGAACUGUCUCACCACGGACUAUUUGAAUGUACAUGAAACUUCGAUACCAUGUAUCCCGCUGAACCUCGUAAAUAUUCACUCGAACCCAUCCGCGCUAGAUGUUUCUACGACUGUCGGAUAACAAGAUGUUUCUCGAGUUCCUCGUUUGUAUUUGCUCGUAAAAAAUUGACAAUGUAGCUAAAAAAAACUGUUUUAAGUGCGCCCCAUGCGCUCUUUCAAAGCUGCGCAGUCACGCAUUAUUUAAUAAAAAAAAUUAAUUGGAAAAA